AUGAGUCAGUUCAAUCGGGAUCCGCCAAGUGCGACAAGGGGGACUGGAUCAGCGUUGCCAAAACUGAAGAUUAUACAUACUCCAUCUCUUCCAUCCGUUGACAAGAGCUUGUGGAAGGCUGAAAAAAGCUAUGAAGACAAGCGGCUGUUGACUCAUACGAACGAUGAGUGGCAGGUGCUUAAGGUCUUUGAUGGGUUACGGUGUUUCAAGUCCCAUUACGUGCUCGAGUUUGUGCGACUGCGGCGCGUACAUUUUGGAAUCCGGUGGCGAAAUGGACGAGAUAUAGACACAGGUGUUGUCCCGCCAGGUUGCAUGAUGGGACCUCAUUGGUACUUGAUGGUGGCCACGUGGUUGUUUUUUAGCUUCCUGAUGGUAAUGGUCAAUGUACUGACCAUUGAUAAAGCGAGAACAGCGGAGAUAGGGGCAGGGGUUUUUCUGUCUGGCAUGUGCUUGAUUUGCUAUGCCCUUGUUGGAUGCACGGAUCCCGGUAUUGUCCCAAGGAUAAACGUGCCUUUAGAUGAGACGUUCACCUAUUGUGACCAUUGCGAAUCGUACCGACCGGAAGGAGCUUUGCAUUGCAUGGACUGUCGGGUGUGUAUCGAAGAGUACGACCAUCACUGCCCGUGGACUGGCAAAUGCGUCGGCAAAGGGAACGUCCAUUACUUCUAUGCGUGGCUCUUGUUCCUAGUGCUGGCGUUCGUCUACGAAAUGAUCGAGUUCACGACAUAUUUUUUUCCGCCCGACAAUCACAACUUGCUUGACUCAUUGGAUGACUCGAUGAAGAUCGUGCAUUCUGCCUUCAAACCUGCUCCACGUUCAUGA